CGCUCGCCAAGUCCGGCUCCGAGCAGCCAAACCCAGCCCCCUGGGUUCGGGGUGGGCGGGGAGGGACGGCCGGCCGGGCGCCUCUCCUGCCGGGAGCGGGAGGACGGGCGAAACUUUCCUCCCCGGCGGCGGCGGCGGUGAGGCACCAGCAGCCGCCGAGGCGAGCGCCGCCAGCAUGGGCCCCGACACGCUGCCGCUCGGCACCUACGGCGGGGCGGCCGCCGCCGUGCUGCUGCUGUGGGCCGUGUGCGUGCUCUGCAGGAGGAGAAGAAAGACUGGAGAGCCCCCACUAAUAAAUGGCUGGAUUCCUUACCUUGGGAAAGCUCUGAUUUUUAGAAAAGAUGCUUACAAAUUCUUACUGGAUCAGCAAAAGAAAUUUGGAGAUAUUUUCACUGUACAUAUUGCUGGUGAGAAAUAUUUUAGUAGAUAUAUUACCUUUAUCAUGGACCCAUUUCAAUACGUGUAUGUCAUCCGAAAUAGCAAGCAACUUGAAUUUCAUGAAUUUGCUAAUAAAAUGGCAUCCAAAACUUUUGACUACCCAGCCUUGUCAAAAGGAAAAUUCCCUGAACUCAAGGAAAACCUGCACAGAAUCUACCAGUAUCUACAAGGCAAGCCUUUGGAUAUCAUUUCUGACCACAUGAUGAAAAAUCUCCAGGAUAUAUUUGAAUGGAAAUGCUCACAAGCAACAGAUUGGGAAACAGAAAAAAUGUACAAAUUCUGCUGCUCUGUAAUGUUUGAAGCCAGUUUUGUAACACUAUAUGGAAGAGUUCCUGCUGCAGAUGGCCACAAAGUUAUUAGUGAAAUCAGAGACAAAUUUAUCAAGUUCGAUGCCAGCUUUCCCUAUUUAGCUGCAAACAUACCAAUUGAGUUGCUAGGAGCUACCAAGAAGGUUCGGAAGGAGCUUAUACAUCAUUUUUUACUUCAGAACAUGACAAAAUGGCUGGGAGGGUCAAAAGUGGUCCAAGCCAGACAAGAUAUAUUUGAGAAAUAUGAGCUGCUUGGAGAUUAUGACAAAGCAGCACAUCAUUUUGCCUUCCUGUGGGCCUCUGUGGGAAACACGAUUCCAGCUACAUUCUGGGCCAUGUAUUAUCUUCUGCGGCACCCAGAAGCUCUUGCAGCGGUGCGUGACGAGAUUGACCAUUUGCUGCAGUCAACAGGUCAAAAGAGAGGGCCCACAUAUAACAUCCACCUCACCAGAGAACAAUUGGACAACCUGGUCUACCUAGAGAGUGCCUUAAACGAGAGUUUAAGAAUGUGCUCGUCCUCCAUGAACAUCCGCAUCAGCCAAGAGGAUUUUGUUCUCAAGCUUGAAGGAAAUCAAGAAGUCGUUUUGAGGAAAGGAGACUGGAUAGCCCUUUACCCGCAGAUUUUGCACAUGGACCCUGAGGUCUAUGAAGAUCCUAAGGAGUAUAAGUUCGAUCGAUACAUAGAGAAUGGCAAGAAGAAAACCACAUUCUUCAAGGCAGGAAGAAAACUGAAGUAUUUCCUAAUGCCCUUUGGCUCUGGGAUCAGCAUGUGUCCAGGGAGGUUCUUUGCAAUGAAUGAGAUGAAGAUGUUUCUUUUCAUACUAUUGUCUCAUUUUGAUGUAGAACUAGCAGAAAACAAAGCUGUCAGACUUGAUAACAGUCGCAUGGGCCUUGGUAUCCUCCUGCCAGACGUUGAUAUUGCCUUUCGUUACAAGCUAAGGUCCUUAAGAAAUUGAGCAGCUGCCUAUAUGCCUUUCACUAAUCUCCAUGUUUGCUCUGUUUCAUCACUCAGCCUUAUAUUUUUGGAAACAUUUGCUUUUCCCUCUCUGCUUUUACCUCCUUCCUCUUUGUUUCUAAGGAGAAAAGCUGUUGGGCUGGAGGUAGAGACCAGAUGCAGGGAUGUCCAACCUCAAUUUGUCCUGCUUGCAUUGUGAGAAGUGAGGUGACGUGACAAGAGCCUGGCCAAGUAAAUAGCCCAGCAUCUCUACAAGGUGCAUCCCCAUACUCUUGGCUGUGAGAUGAGCAGGAUUUACAGGGAAGAUGAAUCCAGGCCACUUACAUGAAUAUCAGCAUCUGCUCAUAGAAGCAUAAUAACAAGAAAGGGGGAGCUUCUUGUGAUUAUUAUCCUAACUUUAUAUUUACUUUAUUUCUUUCAUGGUCUUGAGAGUCUUAGCCCUUUAUUUGGGAGGUGUGAUGGAAGUUGUGUGGGGUGGUGGAGGAUGAUUUGCAAGAACGUCUUACUGACGACACAUUGCUAACUUCAGGUUUGUGUACUGAGGGUGAAUGCUUUGCUUUCUUUUUUCCUUUUUUUUUCUUUUUGGUGCAGUGAGUGCAAAAAUUUAAAAUAUGUGAUUUCUUUCCUGCAAUCAUUUAAAGUCAGAAGAGAAGUUCUGUUGAGUAGUUUUAAUAGGUUCUUGACCAAGCCUAAAUUAUCUGUUUUGGCUUUUGAGCCCCCCCAAAAAGCAUAUUGUUCAGGGAGAAAAUAUAUGCCCAUUUUAAAUUAUUCUCUCACCUCAAAAAUUAGCUUCUCUUUCUCUCACUGUUUCUUAGUAACAUGUUUGUGCAUUUAUUUUGACUGUUUCUUAUGUUUGUUCAUUUCUCCAAAAAGGCAAAAGAGGAAGAAGGUUUCAAGGGCAAGUGUGGUAUCUAAAAAUGCUUUUUAACAUUGUUUUACCUUGCCUAAGUUGUGCAUAGACAGAGUAGUGUGACCUGUGUUUGGAAACAGACUUGUCCAUCUGCAAAUUGGAAAAUAGGCUCUUCCCUGGGGCCAAAAUUUGAGCAAGUGAAAACCCUGGGCAGCCACAGAAGUUUAUACUGGCUGCCCAACCUGCUCACUGGGUGCCCAGCUCUUGUUUGGAAAAUUAAUUUCCUAGUGCACAAAAUCUGAGAUUUUAGACCCUGUCUCUCUUCCCAGCCAUCACUUCAGAGAUUGAUGAGGAUUCCCGUGGCUGUCCAGUCUCAAUUUGCCAAGAUGAUAAUUGUAAUGGCAGAAUAGCCACAUCUGUGGGCCUUGCCUUGUGUUCCUAAAAAAACAUCUCUCUUUGGGAUGUGCCAGAAAGUCUUUCGAAAUCAGAAGUUCUACUAAUCUAUAUGGCACUUGAUGGACUAUGGAUGAAAACUACUACCUAAAUACUAAUAAUUAUUUAUUGCUAUUUUUGUAGAAGCCCGUUCAGUUAUUUGUGUAAAGCACAUACUCUAAAUAAGCCUCAGCAUCAGUAGGAAGACUUUGAGAGAUUGGUACAGCCACAUCCAGAUCCUCCAAGAAGGAAAUUAUGGUUUUGUGAGAUAUAUCGGAUAAACAUUUUCUCUUCAUAUAUAGUAUCAAUAAUGUCUACAGAUUUGGAGUGCACUUACAUUAAAUGGACUUUAUAGUUGAUUAAAUGCUUUAACUUUACUUCAACAUUUAAUCAACAGCAAAAGCUGAUUAUUGCUUUGUGCCACAGAGUAAAAUUGGUUUUUAUGGAGACAUUCUUGUACUCAGGUUACUUACUCCUGUGGUUACUCUGUAGAAGCUAUUCUGUACUCAGCUGCAGCUCACAAUCCAGUUUAGACAUUAGAGCCUGGUUUAUUGAGAGAGGGAAUGUUGAUAUCAUUACACUGUUGACUGUAUUCCAUUAUUGCUUAUAUGUAAGCUGUAAAAUGUCUCAUGCUACAAUUAUGAUGAUUCCUUCUUUGGCAUCCAACUUUAAAACAAACCUGAAGCAACUGCGAAAAAAACAGUGGGUAUUUGUUUUAAACAGAAGCCUCUUUUUUAUAAUUGUAUUCUAUUUUUAGGAUUUUGAAUUAGAGUAUCACUGGCUGCUGCGUAAUUUGAUAGGGCAUAAUAGGACUGUGCCAAAAGUACAUGCAAAUCAUUAGUAGUUUCAGAUUAAUUGCUGAUCAAUUUGUAUAGUAUCUAUUCUGAAAUUAAAAAAAACUAGAUUGUUUCCAAAGUAGCAAAUUAAAUCUGUAUCGUAUGCUCCAUUAAAAAAAAAAAAAAAGAGAGAAAAGGGUCAGAAUCUUUCCCAGGAGUUGGAUGAAACCUCUAUGAAGCUGCUUGGAGACCUUGCAUCAGAGUUAGACAGCACCAUGCAAGAGGCCAGCAUUCUGAUGAGAUAAAAGUUGCUUGCUCAUUUUGCUCAAGAACCAAAAUAAUGAAAUGCAAAGCAGGGUCUGCUCAGCCUGGCCUGGAAUGCUGUCCCUGGUAACCCAGGCUCCUGGUAGAUUAGUUUGGCUGGUAGGAACUGCAUCACUACCUUGGCACACGUCAGCUGCUGAGGAAGUAAACCACACCCCCAUGUAAAGCCAUGAGAGCUGGAGUUGGACAGGAGGUUAAGCCCUUCUGGUCCAUGUGUUCAGCAGCUAUGAGGGACAUAUUGGCUGGUCUGACCAGGAGCGACUCAGCCUCCAUGGAGCAGGACUGAAAGGCCCGUGGUGUUGGUAUUCCUGGUCAAUAAGCUGAGACAGCACAACAGGGUGUAGCAUCUCCAGAAGUCCCAGCUGGAGCCAAGCUAGCUGCAGGGUGUCCGGAAGAGCAUGUUUCAUAGCACAGGGCACGACACCCUUUUUGAUGACCUCCUCUGCUCAAAGAGCCAGGAUUGUGCAGCUCUGGGAGUCUGUCACUGGAGCACGAAGAGGCAAAAUCAUCUAAGCAGAAAGAACAGUGCUCUUUGCCAGAAUUCAGGUGCUGGCUGCAGGACAGGGUGGGAGGAGGCAGACCUGGGCUUCCCUCUCCCAUCCCUCCACUUCAGCAGAGGGGUCUGCCCUGCCAGCCCAGCAGUUCCUUCUGGGGGCAUCCACAGACCUGGCAGGUGCAGGAUCAGGCAGGAGGAGCACGUGGGUACCCCCUGAAUUCCUCUGCUGUUCCUUGAUGGAUUGGUGCACGCACCCAUCAGUUUGAGAUGUGACUCGGCUGGUCACUACCAGCCCCUGACUGUAAGUUGUUGAUGUCUGUGGCUGUAUCAAUAGUAUCUUCUUCUAUUAAAAAAUAUAAGCACCUUUUUUUCUCAUUAAAAAAAAUAGGUUUAAGUCAGUCUGGCCAUUUAUAGUACCCAAGAAGAAAGUUAAUUUAUCAUGAACUAAUGUGAAUGCUAAAACACAGUUUUUUAAUUAUUCUUAUUUUAAUUUACAGAUUGAAUGUUCUCCAUUUUCAUGUUGGCACUUAGUACUGCUAGAUGCUAUUGUAAACUUUUUUAAAUGUUCCAUUAUUUAGGCAACCAUCUAGUAUAUGUGUACCUGUUUGCAAAUUAGAUUUUAAUAUCUGUUGGUAUGUCCUAAUGUAAUAAUAUAAAACCAUGUAAGAGUUGUUCUUUAUGCUUUUAAGCCAGCUGCAUGUCACUGUUUUUGGCAUUGCUGUUUUUAUGAAUAAUUACUGGUCUGUGAAUUUUUCUUGUAGAAUUUUACAUGAUCUUUUAUUUUGUCAUUAUUGAACGGUCAUUCAAGGGAUUGUGAAGUGCUCUUAAUUUUGCAAACUCACAAUUUGUAUAUAGAUAAGUAAUAGCUAGGUUCUACUUUAACAGUUAAUAUCCAUUGUUCAAGCUCCUAGAUCAACUAAGGUACUUCUGAGCAAGAAAAUAGAAAUUUCAUUAUUUUAGUAAUCUAACAUCUUAAAGGAAUUUUGUAUUUCAAGGGCACAAUAAAAAGGAAUAUAUCUAUUUUAAUAUUGAA